AGAAACCCUGACAAGAUGGCGGCAAUGAUAGUAAACAUUCACCUGUUGCAGAGAUGAGGAUAGGUUUCCCACUGAUUCGUCAUGGAAUAGAACAAUGCCAGCCUCCAUCGUGCCAAUUGUUCGAACAAGGGAUUAUUCCCUGAAGCCAGUAACAGGUCUGAGAUAUGGCAACUUUGAGGGUGUGGUUCACCUGCCACCACUGGUUCAAGGCCCCAGGGUGGGGAUGCAGAACUUCUCCUUGAUCAACAACCAACAAAUAUACAGAAAGGUGACUGAAUGGUUUCAAACAUGGCGACCAUGGCAGCAGUGUGUUCUCCUCUGUGGAAUUGCAGACAGAUGCACAGUUCGACAGUUGGACAUGCUAGCAACAUCACUGGAACCUGUCAAGCACAGGGACUUCACUACUGCCCAUCGCUUACGAUAUCCAUCCACCCCAUUCAGGACACUUAAGUUGAGACAGGGUAAAGGUACUUCAAAAGAAACACUGAAUGACUCCAUGUCAGAGUUUUCUGACUUAUACACCGACGAAUUCAGUGAGUUGGGGACGCCCGAGUACCAGACUCUGAGUCCACUAAAGCAGUACAAUGACACGGAAUCACCAAGCUCCGAUGGCGGCAUCACUAAUUACACACCAUCAGUCUCUCCAUCUUUGGAGUCUGAGGUUCCGGUUAAAAAGUAUGGGGGCCGAUAUCCCCGUCUAGAAGUGGUUCAUGAACAUGGCGUCUUUAAUAAUCCACUGAAGCCACCACCAGUUCUACCAGAUGUUGUAGACUAUGCUGAUAAACUGUCUACUGCUAUUCUAGACAGUGUCAUGGGAGAUUUGAGAAAACAAAGAGUUGCUGAAGAAAAGAUGAUUAAGAAAAUACGCCAAAAAGCCAAGAGUAAAACAAUGAUUCAGUAUCAAGGUGGAUUUUCUCUACAAAAAGGGAGAAAAGUGCAUUCAAUGCCAAACUUAAAACUGUCAGAUGUUUCAGAAUCUUUUCCUCAACCUGCAAAGCUUAAAUCUCAAACAGGUGCAAAAAAUUCUAAAGUGAAGGUGAAGAGAAUGAAAAAUGGAGGAUUACCACAGGUUUCCAAGGGAAGAAACGUGACCUUGGCUCCAAUGUCUCGCAGUAACUUUAUAUGGAGAGAACAUACAAGAUUAUCAGACAUAUCUCAUAUUUCCAAAAGGAGCGUCAGUUUUGUACGGCAUCAAAUGUUCGGCAGGACCACCGUCAGUACUCCAGAUUUUUUCAGUGUGGAAGGUGUGGAGAGGUCAGGUGAGAUGCAGAGAGGUGUGAGGUUCAGUGCUAACUCCAGGUCGGCAGUGCUGGGGUCCCUACCCGUACCUCUACAGAGUAUGUACAAAGGAUAUAAAUGGUGGCCAUCACAGCCACACGAGGGCAUGCAGUACCGUAAACCUUCCAAGGGAGAUCUUCUCGCCCACUACAAACAACAACUUACAGAGAUUUACACGUGGCUGGGAGAAUUGGAAGACUAUGAGAAAAUCAACCUUCUCAAUGUGAUCCUCAAAAUAUCCAGCCCAGAUGCCCUCAACUUCCUGAUGAGCUACAUCAAACAGAAGUUACGAGAUGCCCGUGACAUUAACCGUCUGUCUGACAAGUUACUACUCUUCACCUUCUCCCAUCUCAAGCCGAGAGAUAUCUGUCUGGCUGCACAGGUAUGCAGAAGGUGGCGAUACUUAUGUGCUACAGAUUCACUGUGGAUGGUCAAGUGUCACGAGCUAGGUGUGGAGGAAGGCAUUGAGAAUAUGGAGGAUAUUGUUGUGAAUGCAAACAUCAACAAAAUGGGUAUUGACUGGCGACUCGCUUACAUAGAACUGCGCCGCAUCACAACUGUCACACGCAAAGCCAAAGAACGAGCGGAUGCUGAAUAUGAAGCCGAGAGACAGCGAAGGAGAGAAGAAGCGGCGACGCCCAGUGAGUUAGGGAAUAUCACAGUCUCGCGCUCCCCAUCACCACCGCCACUGUCCCCCACCGAGGGGGCCUCGGGACCUGGGAUAGAGGAGCUGGAGAUACAGUGUGGGACGAUGUCCAGUAUCAAAUUGGACGACCAGAAUAAAAUGGUACAGUGGAAAAAGAUAGAACGGGAGACCAGUGACCUCUGUAGUAGUGUGGUAUCCGAGGACCUCUCCCAAUACAGGGACUACGUGUUCCAGUCCACGGAGGACCAGCCUGUCAUCAGGCGGAACAAGUUGCCGUAUGAUUGGCGUCGAAAGCAGCAGGCCAGCAGUCAGGUGGAUGAGGAUGGCGACUCUCUGGCGACCCCACUCAGGAAGGAGAGAGUGAGGUCCGAGGACAUGCAGUUCCAGAUCAUGCGUGCUGACACUGGAGUGAAGUUUUUGACAGCAAAGGUAAAGGAAAAAUCUCCCGUGAAGAAGAAGUUUGAGAUCAAAGAAAAGGCAUAUGACAUAAGGACUGAACUACGACAGGCUAGCGACCUGCUGGGGAAAACUUUUCCCAGUAUGCAGUUGGAGUGGCAGAAACCUAACCUGGAUGAUCGGGGUUCGAUGAAGUCGAUGAAAUCUUCAAUGACCAAAUCUUCAUGCAUGACUGGUCGUUAUAUUGGUGUGGUCAAAAGUGUCCGGAGGGUCAGAAAACUACAGGGUCACAUGAAUGGUGUGUUAUGUGUCCAGUUUGACAAGCGACGACUGAUAUCCGCCGGACUUGACCGGACAGUCCGAGUGUGGGACAUCCGAAGUGGCCGCAGCAUCCAUAAGCUCUAUGGCCACAAGGGAGGAAUCCGAUGUCUUCACUUUGAGGAGAAUACACUGGUCACAGGAUCCUGGGACACCACACUUAUUGUAUGGGAUCUACGGUCCUUUGAGAAGAGAGCUAUCAUGGCCGAGCACACCGGCUGUGUCUCCUGUGUAACGAUGAAUCACGAAUAUAUUGUGUCAGGCUCCCAUGACCUGUCUCUAAGGGUGUGGUACCGCCCUACGUACCAACAGUACAAAGUCUUACGUGGACACAAAGGACUGAUAAACUGUGUCUCAUUUGAUGGACAGAAUGUUGUGUCGGGGUCCAGUGACAUGACUGUGCGAUUGGUGAACAUCCACACUGAACAAUGUUUAUACGUAUUUGAUGGAAGUCAGGACCAGGUAUUAACAGUGUCGAUUCAAGGGGAGUUAAUCCUGAGUGGGGACCUACAGGGACGUGUGUAUUUUUGGAACAAAACUUCUGGUGAGAGUGAAGCAGCUAUACAAGCCCAUGAAAAACCAAUCUACAAGGUCCAUUACCAUCAAGGUCGCUUCCUCACAGCCUCAGGAGACGGAACGAUUCGUGAAUGGGACAUGAUGACCAUGACCAGUGUACGACUGCUACAAGGCCAUCAGGGACCAGUCCGAGAUGCCAGGGUAUCUUCUGACCGCAUUGUCAGUUGCAGUGAUGACGGUACUAUACGAAUCUGGGACUUAUACGACAGUCGGAAACAAAUUGGCGGCGGGUACACGGGCAAUGGCUGACAAUUGCCAUUGUAUUACACGGUUCCCCAGUCGACACAGGUGUUCAAUAGCAGAUCAAAAUCUCCCCGAGUAGCUGAGGGCUAUAGUACCUCUGCAGAAGUUCUCCAUUCGUUUGAUGUGAGGUGCGAUACAAUAUCAGUGCCAGUACAGGGACCCUAGCCAGAAUUUACUCAUACACACCUGGUCCGGCUGUUUACAACUUCAAAUAAGGCGCUUUGUAUAUAUACACACAGAUUUUGUCUUUGGUAUAUAGAUCGCUCGGAUCACUAUAAAACUUCCUGGCACUUUGGUUUAAUUCAUUCUUGUGAAAGGAGUUCUCCCUACAAAACUUUAUUAAGUGCUCAAAAGUCUAAAGUUAAGGCCAGACUAUUAUAACGGCCGUUAUUUUUAUCUUAAAUGUUUUACUGAGAUACUGUACCUUGUAUACUGUGAUAUAAUUCCUUAAAUGUCUUCCCUUAUAAGAAUCGCCUGUAAAUAUGACGUUUCUCUGUUAGAUAUAAAUUCUAGGGAUACAAUAGAUAGGAACCAAUAAUUAAUUUUUCUACAUGGCUAUAGUCAACCUAAAACUGCAGAGAUAGUUAUCUCAUUUAAACCUUAGCUUAGUGUAAUUACAAUGAAGUGAAGUGUUGACUAUCAAAAAAGAUAUUUACAUUCCAUCACUCAAACCUGUAGGUAUUCUAUUGAAUCAUCGUUAUGUUUACGUUUCAAUAGUGUACUGUGCGUUGAUACACAGAUAUAAUACUACUUACCUUAUCACUUAAUAUGUUUGCUCAACAUCGUAUUAAAGUCUUUUAUAGAAUAUUAAUCUACUCGAUGAAAAUGUUAUUUUAAAAUUUUCUACAUAGACGUUUAUGAAUAUUUAUAGCAACAUUAUUUAUUUAUUAUUUAUUAUGUUACUUUCCGUCCGACUUGGAUGUAUUGCUUUCUUGCACAAUCACUAUAAGCUGUGAUAUCCGAUAUUUCUUUUAUACAAUGCAAUAUUGUUUUUAUUUUAACAAUUCCAUUCAAACAAGAUAUACAACUGCAUGGUUCUCUAAUCUUCCUGUACAGGCUUUUAGCUCAAUAUAAUCUGUUUUAGUCUAGUUUUUAUAUUAUCUAUGAUAGCAUUAAACUUCUUUAUUAAUUUUGAAUUCGUUCGUUUAGAAGGGGUACUUGAGACGUACCUGUGGAGAACUACAUCAGAUAAUGUUAUCGAUGCUGCUCUAUCAGGCUCUGUAUAUUACAAUCCAGUUGCGUGCAUUGGACGCCAACCAGCACAGGAAUUCACUCCAAUAUAAACUUCCCCGACUCUGGAAUUAGACACAUAUUGUGCUGCUGGAAGGUGAUGUAGCUCAGGGCAUCCAACAAACUUUUAUUUUAUUUCUCGACAGCUUAAAGAAUCCAUGAAGAUAUUUGACGUUGCCAGUUGUCUCAUUGUGGAGAAUAUUUACGACUUUAUCCCUGAAGUCAUUUCUGUUUUAUCUAGUCAUAUCUUAUCGGCAGAGAGUUUCAUCUCCAAAACUUGUCUCGCUUUCAAUGUUAUUUUUUAGUUCAAUUUACUGUGGUAGGCAAAUUUGUUUGUAAUUUGCUUCGUAUCUUAAGUUGGGAUAUUUUUAAUCUAAAAACCAUUAUAAGUAUUUAUGUUUUUUAUGACUGAUGAUUUUGUUGUUAAUCAGUUUUGUUCCAAUCUAUUUUCAAUCGUCGUGAACUCCUGAAGGGGUUUCCUUGCCAAUAAAUGGACGCUUGUCUCGCUCAAAAACAAAUGUAGCUUUAACUUUUAAAAUCUCAUCUUUAUACAACGAUAGUAGUUUGCCUUUCAUAAUUUGUACGUAAUCAUUCUAUUGAUAGUAGUGCAGGUGAUCACAGAUAAUACUGAUUAUACCCAUUAACAUACGUCUACGUCAUAGCAACGCAUAACACUAUGUUAUAAGUCAUUUUAAUGUAUUACCCUCUGUAUGGAAAUGCAGCCAAUGCGGCCCUAGUUGUGUUAUUUUCUGUUGCAAGUAAAAUUAGUGGGAUUCCAUGUCUAUAUGACAACAGAACGUUUGAGGAUAUUAUUUGAAGGCGAAUCAGUAAUGGAUAUUUUUAGAUAAUAUGUAUUUAAGGAGCCAAUACCAAAAUUAUGGUGACAUUUUAUUAGUGCCUUGUAGACACGUUCGGUCUACGAACAUACACUAUAACUAAACGUGAACGUUGUUAUUUUUGUACCGUUCAGUACAUGUGUACAGAUUUUAUAAUAGACUUUAAUUAGACAUUUUACUCGUAAAUUAUAUUUAAGUUAUGAUGAUGUAUAGAGUUUGGUUGCUUGUGCUCCAUUAGUAUAUUAAUCCGGCGUGACUCGACACGAUUGCAUUAAAAGUCCACACACGGCUUUCUCCGAACUGUGAUAUGAUAUAUUGUGAUAUUAUAAUGAAGCGCAGUUUUGCUUUAUUUAGGAAUUUCUUUUUUAAUUUUUUUUUUUUUUUUUUUUGUAACUCGUUUAUUGAAUUGUGACAUUUUGAAAAGAUAUUUCAUCUAGCGGGGAGGCGAUAAGUUUAAUUAAUAAAAUGACGUUGACGUAUUGAAUCUAUUUAAAGUUUACAAUUUCUCGUAAUUUUUGGUACUACACCUGCUUUUGAUUUUUGUUAUAACAGAUUUUAAGUAGAUAUACUUUCGAUAAGGUAUAUUUAUAUAUGUGUGUGUGUGUGCCUCUACUAUUUUGAAAUAAUGAUAAUAAUGAAGUAUUUUGUAUCAAUUGUCUUACAAAUGUACAAUCUCAAUCGGGUAAUAUGGUCAGAGAAUUUCCUUAUUAACAUAUAUAUUUGUCUCUUAUUGCUAAAAAAGCAUGUACAAUAUAUAUAUAUUGCUCAUAUUGUUUAUAUUUGUAUACUAUUUAUUUAGUAUAUAUUCUAGUUUAAAUUACAUAGAACACGUUCACUGUGUGUAUGAGUGUCUUGUUUUGAAGUGACCCGUUUGUUCGUACAAGCUGCAGCAAACGUAAUCUUAUUUGCUGUUAUAUCUCUGGCCAAAAUGGCAGAGUUGUAUCUCGUGGAGAUAUACUGGGAGUAUAUGUGUUUAUUAUAAAACUAUACAAGGUGCAAAGCAUUUUACGCAUGGUAAAUGCGUUGUACAACUUCCGUAAAUUAUCAUACUAUCUCCUUGAAAAUUCGAAUGUUGCAUUUGUUUUUGUACGUUUUGGCAAUUUCCAUAGUCCAGGUGAGAUUCUAGAAGUACUUAUCUGGUGACACAGAAGGUUAAAUACCCGAUUGUUAAUAAAUAUAAUAGCUCUUUUUCCCCCGGCUGUUUUUACAUUGUUUUCUGCAUAGUUUUAUUGGACUCUGAAUUUAUUUGCGGUCGAUCCUUCCAGAAUUCUAUAUAAAUAAUCACGAAUUAUUUUUUUCGAAAUGUUUUUAAUGAGUAAUUGUGAAGUUUAGUAUUGUGUCAAAAAGCGAUUUUUAAAAAAAAUAAAUGAAUAAUCAUGCUCUAAAUUUACUAUCAGUUUGCACACAUAGGAUGUGUACACCAUGCGUGUUUUUCCUUGUAAAGCACCUUCUUUAAUUACACACCUCGCAUUAAUACGGGUACAUUCACGUCAUAAGCACUUGAAAACGCUAAAUAUGUCAUGACAACUGCUUUGGUAAUAUGACAAUAUGUAUACGUUUUAUAUGACGGAAUAAUUUAAUUUUGAAUGACGUUCUGUUUCCUUUGGCUGCGUAAGAUUUUAAUUUGGACAAUAUUUACUAUUAGCGGACUAUUCAAAUCUAUAUAAUAAGUCACGCUGCAUAAUGCUGAUAUGUUGCAUUCAUAAAUGUCUCUGCAAGAUUUCAUAACAUGUGAUUCAAGACAAUAAAUGUAAAAUUAACAGCCAGAUAUUAAGGGGCGAGGCGAUUACUCGCACUGAUAUGAUCGUCUGACGUCAAAGAGUGCGCUAUCAAGUUGCAUUCCUAAUGUCUGACGUCAGAUACGGCGCUAUCAAGUUUUGUCCCUAACGUCAUCGAUUUUGAAAUCAAUUCACGUUCUGGACGAUGUGCUGGUCAUGUACUUAACAUUAUGUUGCAUGCGUUUUCCAUUUAUUUACGUUUGAGAGUUUUAGCGUUGAGAUUUGUGUGUUAGUUGUAUUUGUGAUGCUGUUGAUUUGCUGUUGUAUUUUUAGACAGUAUUUGUAUUGCUGUUACGAAUGGAAUCUCCAUUGUUUACACAGACACCUGUUGUGUGUUUCUUUGUUUUACAAUAAUCAAUUUCUGAAUUGUUUGUUAAAAUAUGUUUAGGUAAAACUUAUUGAAAUUGUAUACAAGUAGUCCACUUAACUUUGAUUAGGAGUUAUCCACACUCAAAACGAUAUAUUAUAUUAACUCGCGUAGUGUAACAAACCUCAUGUGAAUAGGAGAUUAAUUAAAUAAUAGCUGUUGUUGCCAUGAGGUUACAGUUUUUAUUAUUAAGAUAUUGCUACAAAUGAAAAAGUUUCUGAAUUCCUGCAAUGUUCCAAGUUUUCAAACUACAAAUUCCUGUUUAUGAAAUCAUGUUUAAAAGUAUACAUGUUAAUCUACACUGUAAAAGAUAUAUGGAACAAUUGUAAGAUAUACUGUUAAAAUUACGUUAAACAGGUUCAAUUUGUACUGUUAAAGCUUUAUGAAACAGACCCAAUUUAUACUGAUAAAGCAAUAUGAAAAAGGUUCAAUUUGUACUGUUGAAGCUAUGUGAACAGGUAAACAUGUACUUUGAAAGAUAUGUGAACACUGUUAAAGUUAUGUGAACAGAUUCAAUUUGGACUGUUAAAGCUUCGUGAACAGAUUCAAUUUGUACUGUUAAAGCUAUGUGAACAGAUUCAAUUUGUACUGUUAAAGCUAUCGUGAACAGAUUCAAUUUGUACUGUUAAAGAUUCGUGAGCAGGUUCAAUUUGUACUGUUAAAGCUAUGUGAACAGAUUCAAUUUGUACUGUUAAAGCUAUGUGAACAGAUUCAAUUUGUACUGUUAAAGAUUCGUGAGCAGGUUCAAUUUGUACUGUUAAAGCUAUGUGAACAGAUUCAAUUUGUACUGUUAAAGCUAUGUGAACAGAUUCAAUUUGUACUGUUAAAGCUAUGUGAACAGAUUCAAUUUGUACUGUUAAAGCUAUGUGAGCAGGUUCAAUUUGUACUGUUAAAGCUUCGUGAACAGAUUCAAUUUGUACUGUUAAAGCUAUGUGAACAGAUUCAAUUUGUACUGUUAAAGCUAUGUGAACAGAUUCAAUUUGUACUGUUAAAGCUUCGUGAGCAGGUUCAAUUUGUACUGUUAAAGCUAUGUGAAACAGGUUCAAUUUGUACUGUUAAAGCUUCGUGAACAGAUUCAAUUUGUACUGUUAAAGCUAUGUGAACAGAUUCAAUUUGUACUGUUAAAGCUUCGUGAACAGGUUCAAUUUGUACUGUUAAAGCUAUGUGAAACAGGUUCAAUUUGUACUGUUAAAGCUAUGUGAAACAGGUUCAAUUUGUACUAUUCAAGCAGUGUGAACAUGUUCACUUUGUACUGUUAAAGCUAUGUGAAACAGGUUCAAUUUGUACUGUUAAAACAAUGUGAAACAGGUUCAAUUUGUACUAUUCAAGCAGUAUGAACAUGUUCAAUUUGUAUUGUUAAAGCUAUGUGAAACAGGUUCAAUUUGAACUUGUACAAGCUUUAAAUAAUAUCAAUGAACAACAAUGCAUUGCGUACAAAAAUGAUCAGGAUGUUAUCGAAUUCAUUUAUUUAAACUGUUGAUGAAACAAAAUAUACACAGAAUCCAAAAUAUGUUGAUAAAUAAACAUAAAAACUACA